AUGAAGCUCAUUGACUCUGUGGAAGGCGAUCUCCAUCAGGCAUAUGGUGGCUCCGAUGGCAAGCUUGCGCCCUGGCUCAGCGCAGAGGAGAAGGAGCCAGGAAAUCCCGGCACUGCCAGCCGCGCAAGUAAUCCGACCGAAUACUCCCACAAGGAGGACUCUGGAGACUUGGACCUGGACAUAGAGGAUGAUGAAGAAGAGUUGGAAAUUCGCGACAUUGAAAAGGAUCUCGAGGAGCCGACUGGAACCGUUCUUCAGAAGUUCUGCCGGUACACCAGAGCAAAGCUGGCACGGGCUGAGCGCAGGGUUCUGGACGUCGGCGUAGGUGUCCUGAUCUCAUUGAACACCCUGGUCAUGAUGCUCGCACACCAGCAGAUGGGUUACGAUGCUGCCCGAGACAUUGGGGAGUAUGACCCGAGCAUGGACAGCCUGUCUAUUUCCGAGGACGUCUUCAUCACUAUUGAGGAGGGCUUUGCGCUGUUGUUCCUUCUGGAGCUUUGUGUCCGGCUCUGGAUCCACCGGCUACAGUUCUUUCGCAACUUCUUCAAUGUGUUCGACGCCUUUCUGGUGGCUCUGAGCCUGGUCGACAUGUUGAUCAUCAAGCCUAUGGCAGGUUCCGGGCGAGUCAACCUGGUGAUUCUGCGGAUUCUGCGAAUCCUGAAGCUCACUCGCUCUCUCCGUGUCAUGCGCACGAUGCGCCUCUUUUCCGGUUUGCGCGUCUUGGUGGCUGCGGUCAGUUCUUUUUUACCGUCCCUGUUUUGGUCCAUGCUGUUUCUAACCAUCUACAUGGUGCUGGGUGGGCUUUUAAUCGGGAACUUCGUGAUGGAGUUCAUCAACGACGGAGGCCAAGACAUAGAUAUCCGCAAAUGGAUCUGGCAGCACUACGGCACCUCCUACCGUGCAACCUAUACAAUGUUCCAGGUGACAUUUGCUGGAUGUUGGCCGUCAUAUGUAAAUCCGCUGAACGAGAACAUCAGCCACUGGUACUCAAUUUUCUUUUGCGCUUACGUUACUUUCGUCGUCUUCGCAGUGAUGAGAGUCAUCACUGCCAUUUUCAUCAAGGAGACGCUGGAUGCGGCCGGCGAAGAUCAUGAAGUUGUGAUGUCUGAGAAGGAGGCUACAAAGCAGAAGUAUAUGCGCAAGCUGGAAAGAGUUUUUCACGAAGUUGAUACCUCUGGCGACGGACUGAUCUCGGAAGACGAGUUCAGGAGCAUGAUGGAGGAUCCCAACGUCAAGAGGUUUCUGGCGGGCUUGGAGGUGGACCUGAACGAGAGCCACUCGCUCUUCCACAUGCUUGCUGACGAAGAGGGGCAGGUUUCUUACUCCAAGUUCAUGGAAGGAAUGAUACGGGCCCAUGGACCUGCCAAAUCGGCCGAUGUGCUUUGCAUUCGCCAAGACUUGGAGUUCAUCCGCAAAGACCUGAAGCAGAUCAAGGCCGCAGCACAUGCGGAUCAGGACAGGGAACAUUGGACCCAGUGUAGCAAAUCCUAG